AUGUUGAGGAGUAAAUUCCAUGAGAGAAAGUAUGCUAAGAAGAAGGAUAAGUUAAAGCAAAUGGCCGAGCUUACUGCUCGAGCCGAAGUGCUUAAUAGAGAAGAGGAAGGUUUCAUUGAAGCUGAUGAAGGAGAAUUGACUCAUACCAUACGACAGACAGAUAUUGCAAAUGCAGUAGACUUGGCAAGUGCUUCAAAGCAUUUUGAUUUAAACCUGCAGCAAUUUGGUCCAUACAAAUUAGCUUAUACCAAUAACGGUAGACAUUUAUUACUAGGAGGAAAAAAAGGUCACAUAGCCUCUCUGGAUUGGCAGACAAAAAAAUUACAUUGUGAAAUUAAUGUUAUGGAGAAUAUCCGAGACGUAUGUUGGUUGCAUACGGAAAAUCUUUAUGCUGUUGCCCAAAAACAUUAUACUUAUGUGUACGAUAAUACAGGAACUGAGUUGCAUUGUGUCAAGACAUUACCAGAAGUUAACAGUCUGGAAUUUUUACCUCGCCAUUUCUUGCUUGUCGCUGGAUCUAAAAAUUCAUAUUUGAAUUACUUGGAUGUAUCUAUCGGGCAAAACGUUGCUUCAUUCUGUACGAAGUCUGGUUCUCUUGAUGUUAUGUGUUCAAAUCCUGCAAAUGCUAUUAUAUACACAGGCCAUGGAAACGGAACUGUUUCUCUAUGGUCGCCAAAUGAUAAAGAACCUCUUGUGAAGCUGUUAUGCCAUCCUUCUUCUGUUCAAGGUUUAGCUAUUAAUGACACAGGUACAUUCAUGUACACAACAGGAUUGGACCGAAGACUUAGGGUGUGGGAUGUUAGAAUGUAUAGACAACUUCAUGCUUAUUCUUUACCCUUCGGACUCUCUCAUGUCACUGUCAGUCAAAGAAAUGUAGUUGCUUGUGCUAUUGGAAAUACAGUUCAAGUUUUCAAUGAUACUCACUUGGGAACAACUAAAGAGCCUUAUUUAGUGCAUAGAGCUCCUGGACCAGUAUCAGAUAUAGAAUUUGUACCAUACGAAGAUGUUCUUGGUAUUGGACACUCUAAUGGGUUUACCAGUAUGAUUGUACCAGGAUGUGGUGAAGCUAACGUUGACACCCUCCGUGCCAAUCCUUACGAAACUAAGUCACAAAGGAAAGAAAGAGAAGUCAAACAACUGUUGGAUAAACUUCAACCUGAUCUUAUCUGUCUUGAUCCAAACGACAUUAACAGAGUUAAUGAAACUCUCCUGGAAGAAGUCAUGGAAGAAAGGAAAAAACUACUUUAUGUUCGUCCUGUGGACAUUAAGUACACACCCAAGCAUAAGAUGAAAGGAAGAUCUCAAGGAAAGCGCUUGGAGCACAGGAAGAAUACCGUCAAAGGUGAAAUUAGACUGGAACGUAGUAAGAACUUGGAAAUGGUGGAAAAAGAAUUCAACGUGCGAGGAGGAGCAGAAAAAUCGGAACCGCCGAAGAAGAAAAGUGUUUUGGAUCGGUUUGCAAAAAAAUAG